GGAACAUUUUGCACUUGUGAGAUGGCUAACUCUUGAUUGUUUCCAGAUUGGUUUUCCUGACUUUUGGUGCAUUCAACUUCAGCUUUGGUGCACUUUACAUCUUAAGCUUUGGGCUUUUCCAUAGUGUGUGGACAUAGGUGCUUUGCUCGAGAUUUUGUAACCUUCAUCUUUAUGAUUGGUGCUCUUUGCACUACCCUCCCCAUCAUUGGGACGCUCAGCAUUGUGGCUGUGAGCCCAUGUCACUUUGCCUAUAGUUAUGGGGCGAAACAGCAAUUGAAAUUUCUAUACGGGGUAUACGCUGUCACAAAGAAACGAGCUGAGCUGGCUUCUGAGGGCAUUCAAUUACAGCCGAAAAUAAUAUCGUUAGUAGAGUUACAGUGGAUUCCAUUAAAGGAUGUGCCCAAGAUAGACGAAUUACAACUGGACUACAAGAUGGGAGUUACCUCCCAAUCCUGGUCAUCCUACAAUAUAAGACAGUCUAGACAACGAAAGAGGCUUGCGAAAUUACCGGUUACCAACGUUAUUUUCGCAAACAGCCGGCAGAAUCUCGUGCGAAGCUCGGGCCGGAAUCGAAGGUUCGUUCGACUCCGGAACAUCAACUGGUGGACGAAUAGGAGCCCUUUGCGAUGGAUCUAUGGUUAA